UUUGUCAUUAGAUUAUAUUUGAAAUUGGCUUAUUAUGUUUUUGCCCGAGGACUUAGAAUUUGAUAACAAAAAUUCAUGUAAGAACUGACACCCAUUUAAGAGCUAGAAUGGUCAAUGAAGGAAUCCAUGUUUUUCGUUUUUCGUUUUUGUCCGUUGUGCUGUAUUUUGACUUAUAGUGAAACCCAUUUGAAAGUUUUUUUUUCUGAACCCAUUAACAAACUACUGGAUGGACCAUGAAUUAUCCCAAGACUGCAUUCUUAUUCAUGUGGGGAUGAUUUACUAGGAUGAUCUUAAUAUUUUGUUGGUUUGGAUUUUGGGAUGAUGAGAUGAGCCAUGGGUACGGAACUCUUGGAGAUUCAACCUAGUGAGCUCCAAUUUACAUUUGAGUUGAAGAAACAAAGUUCUUGCUCUGUUCAUCUUGUCAACAAAUCAGAUCAAUAUGUUGCUUUUAAGGUGAAAACUACCUCUCCAAAGAAAUACUGUGUGCGACCAAACACGGGCAUCAUAAAGCUGAAUGCAACACGUGAUUUUACAGUCACAAUGCAAGCUCAGCGUGUAGCUCCUCCCGAUUUGCAGUGCAAGGACAAGUUUUUGAUCCAGAGCAUAGCUGUGCCAUUCGGAACAACUGAUGAGAACAUUACAUCUGACAUAUUUGCAAAAGAUAGUGGAAGAUACAUUGAAGAGAAGAAGCUCAAGGUGGCACUUAUCAGCCCGCCUCCUUCACCACUAUUAAUACAAAAUAAUGCAGAAACAAAGCAAAGUCUACACUGUGAAUCUUCAGUGCAAAAGGAUCGACUCGUGAGCGGAGUUGAAAAUAUACCUCCUCCUCAUAAGGUAACAGAAUCUUUGGUGCAAAAGGAUGGACUUGUGAGUGGAGUUGAAAAUAUACCUCCUCCUCAUAAGGAUGUUAAGGAUGUUGACGGUUUUGAGACUACAAAGGAUAAAGAUGAGUUCACAGCAGCUAAGGAUGUGGAGUUUCCAAUUAUUGAAGAUGUAGAGGAGCGGAAACCAGCAGAGGAUGCCAUGUCCUUGAACUUAACUAAGGAUUUCAAGGAGUUGAAAUCAAAGCUAAACACAGUGGAUUCAAAGCUUAAAGAGGCUGAUCUUACUAUCUUGAAGCUGACAGAAGAGAGAAGCAUGAACGCUAGAGAGAAAGAUAUGCUUAAACAUCAGCUGGAAAUGUUGAGGAAAAACAGUGUAAAACAAGUACAGGUGGGCUUCCCUGUCCUCUAUGUCUUUAUGAUUGCUCUCAUUAGCCUGGCAGUUGGGUAUCUUGUCCAUGCAUAGAAGAUACGAUCUUUUUUUUUUUUUUUUUUAAUAUCUAUAUAUAUAUAUAUAUAUUUUUUAGCCAUGAAAUUGAGACAUUGUAGAAUGAAUUAGUUUCUCCUUCAUGUUUGGAUUUAGAAGUAUCCAA